AUGAUUCUCGUCAUUUCUCGGCGAGACUCGGCGCUCGGCGGACGUGGCUCGGACGACGAGGCGACUGCUUUCCUUCCCAACCCGACCCGUCACCGACCCUGCGUGUAAAUGUUCACAGACAAGAUGAUGAUGUCCCCGUGGGACCGCUGGUACUCCACAAGCUGCUGCCUGUGCUGCCAUGUCCGCACAGGAACCAUCAUCCUGGGGGUCUGGUAUAUGCUCAUCAAUGCCGUGGUGUUGCUCAUCCUGCUCACGGCCCUCAGUGAUCCAGAAAAGUAUCAUCUGACCAGUGCCGAGUUGGCCAAUGACCUGGAUGUCAUGGAUGAUGCCAAAGCCAACCGAUGGAGAGCCCGCUUACAAGCAGAACAACCUUCCUGCUUCGACAGAGCAAAGUAAGAACGUCGCACUUGGUCCAAUGCUUCUCAAGGGGGCGCUGUUCAGGCAUGUUUUGAUUAUACUUGCAGUGUAGUCAUACCUUUUUCUAAGUAAAA